AUGGCGUCGCAGCCGCCGCCGCCCAAGCCCUGGGAGAACCGGCGGCUCGCGGGCCCCGUGGCGCCCGCCUUCCAGUCUCCUGACUUGGGUGACAGCCUGCCGACGAGGCCAGGACAGCCCCCCGUGGCACGAAUACCUCCGCCAAUUCUGCCAAGACCAUCGCAGCAGACGGGGAGCAGCAGCCUGAGCACUUUCAGGCCAGCAUACAGCAGUUCCUUUUCUCCAGGCUACGGCUCGUAYGGAAACUCUUUCUAUGGAAGCUACAGUCCCUACAGUUACGGCUACGGUGGCUUGGGUUAUAACCGCUUUCGCACGGAUGAUAUCCCUCCCAGCAGGUUUGUUCAGCAGGCCGAAGAGAGCAGCAGAGGUGCCUUUCAGUCCAUCGAGAGCAUCGUGCACGCGUUCGCCUCGGUCAGCAUGAUGAUGGAUGCUACGUUUUCAGCUGUGUACAACAGUUUCAGAGCUGUGCUGGAUGUAGCCAAUCACUUCUCCCGCCUCAAAAUACACUUCACAAAGGUGUUCUCAGCUUUUGCUUUAGUGAGGACUAUAAGAUAUCUCUACCAGCGYCUACAGCGGUUACUAGGUCUACGGAAGAGCUCUGAGAAUGAAGAUUUGUGGGCUGAGAGUGAGGGGACGGUGGCUCGUGCUGGCAUUGAAGACAAGGCAGCCAGCUCUGCAAAAUCCUGGCCUAUUUUCUUGUUCUUUGCUGUUAUACUGGGCGGUCCCUAUCUGAUUUGGAAACUGCUUUCUACRUACAGCGAUGAAGAAACAGUAUCUASUAACUGGGCAAGUGGAGAAGAUGAUCAUGUUGUUGGAAGAGCAGAGUAUGACUUCAAUGCUCUUUCAGAAGAAGAAAUUUCUUUCCGUGCUGGUGACAUGCUAAAAUUGGCACCCAAAGAACAACAACCCAAAAUCCGUGGUUGGCUUUUGGCUAGUUAUGAUGGCCAAACAACAGGACUUGUGCCAGCUAAUUACAUCAAAAUACUGGGCAAAAGGAGAGGUAGGAAAACAGUGGACCUGGAAAAGGUUGCAGAGCAACAGUCAGUUUUUACCAACACAUCCAUUAAAGGAUCCCCUGCUCCUGUGGCUUUAGGGGAGCAGGAAGCUGCUUUUGAAUCUGUUUUUGCUGAAACUAAUAAAGUUCCUGUUGCAUCUGAUCCUACUGCGAUCAGUGGAAAAAAACAGGAACUUUAAUGCACUUUGAUCAGCUUGGUAACAGAGCAAUGUUUUAUUGAUGAAACUCUGGUAUGUUGAAAAUCUGUGUGGUAGUGGAACACUGAUGGGUCUGUACUAGUUACUGCUGCUACUGGCUGGUGAAAGGACGAAGAAAUGAUUGAUCAAAUUUAUAAUAUUUAUUUUUGAUUCACCUGAAGCUGUACGUUAGUGACACUACCCAAUCAACUAGCAGCAAUUACAAGCUCAAGGAGUGCUGAGACAUUYGUAACAAAAUAAAUUAAAAUAAAAAAGAGAUUGGCAGCCUGCUAUUAUAAAGCAGACAAACUGGUAAUGAACUGCAGAGAUUAAUUGUAAGCCUUCAUCAGAAUGUAAGCCUAACAAAAGKCCCCUCUAAAAGAUAGGCAAAGGUAAAACAGAUUUCUGUAAGAGUUCCUCCAAAAUUCAAGGCUGAGGACCCUAAAUUAGUAAUUGUACAAUAUUUUUCCUCAAGAAGAGGAAGAAUUUUAAGUGAUUUAGGUGACACAAUCAAAUUAUUAAAAGCUCUCAGUGGCUUGCUUUGRUAAGAAGUAGAGCUUCUGUUAUAAAGACCUUCACUCUUUUUUUUUAUUAAAAAAGUGACUUUUUCUUGUGAGAAGGAGAAGGCUUGGAGAAGAGUACAAAUUGCAAGAGAAAAGCAGGGAAGCUUCAACAGUAGGUCUAACCAUCCACUUUAUUAAAAGCACAUUACAGCAAAGUGCAUCCUGUAUAAUGCACUUUCUAAUAAAUGCACUUUCCAAGCAUUUAUUAAUUGUUGCUCCCUUUGUGACCGGUAAACUUUGCAUCAUUCUAGCCAUGCAUUAUAGCUUGUUAACUGCCCAUCAAUAGCCUAUCAACUGCCAUUGUGCCAUUUUUCUUCUGUUCUUUGUUUUCUUCUGAAUGGCAAAAGAUCUAACCAGUGCAGAAAGCAGUGCAUUGGAACGGUGGGUUUUAAAGCCAUUGAGGGGUAAAAAAAAAAAAAAAGUUUUUGGUUUAAUUGUUUCAGUUAGCUAAUUUCUUGGGGGUAACUCUUUAUGCUGCUUUUCAGGUGGUAAAUUUUGUAUCUGCCUGUAAAACUUGAUGGCUCUGGUAUAUCAAACGCCAUAAAAGCAUCAAGACUUCAAAGUAUUUAGUAUUUUCUUCAUACUGGUAUUUGAGAGUUCUGUUUUGGAAUACUGUUUUUUAGUGAAGCAGAAAUUAGAUUUUUUUUCAUUAUGAAAUGUGUAUAACAUGUUGAGCUGCUGAGGGUUAAAGCAAUGGAUAAAAUAACUAAAGCUUGUCUGAAUCAUUAAAACAUCUUUCUAUUUUAAAGGUACUCGAAAGUGUUAGUCUGAGGAGCACAUACAAAUUUGUAUGUAUAAGAUGUGUCUGUAAUUGAUCCAGUAGUUUAAACUGGACUGUUCCUGCAGAAAUCUUCAACAUCUACUAUGUGCUAGCAGAGCUUUCAAUUUUUCCGUCUUAMCUGCAUUUGCCAUCCUUGAGAUCUUAAAAUUCUAUUCACCACAAGAAAACUCUGAGAAGAAAAAGAUUAUGAAAGAAAAAAACUAGUUUUGUAAAGUAACCGCUGACUUCUUGCUGUUAUUCAUACUUAGAGCCAAGAAUUUAAUGGUUUUGCUCAGGUCUUGAUUUUAGAUGAUUGUUAGCUCCUCAUAUGCAAAUCAAAAGGGAAGAGUAAUUUGAAGGACAAACAAUGAACUUGGAGCUAGUUUUAAACAGCACAAGUUUCUGAGACAUUUUCCCAUGCACUAGGGCAUUGAAGAUUAUCUACAUUUGGAAAUGACUUCUGUUGAAAUGAAAAGCAAAUGAACCUGAAA